AUGGCCCAAGGAUGCAGGGAUGGAGUCGGGAAAGCCAAGGCUCAGAGGGAGUUGGAAAUAGUGAGAGAUAUGAAAGACAAGAAGGACUUCCGUAAGCACAUUAGCAGCAAAGGGAAGGCUGAGAAGAACGUGGACCCAUGGCUCAGUGUGGCAGGCAAACCUGUGGAAAAGGACAUGGAUAAGGCUGAGGAGAAGACUGAUGUGGAGGGAACGCUGUUUGUUUACACAAGAUCGGCUUCUCCAAGGCAUGGCUUCACAAUUAUGAACAGACUGAGCAUGGAAAAUCGAACAGAACCUAUUACGAAAGACCUCGAUUUCCAGCUGCAGGACCCUUUUCUACUGUACAGAAAUGCCAGAUUGUCCAUAUAUGGAAUUUGGUUUUAUGAUAAGGAAGAAUGCCAAAGAAUUGCAGAGCUCAUGAAAAACCUAACGCAGCAGGAACAAUUCAAAGCACAGCAGGGCAUGGGAACAGGAGUGUCCCCAAUGAUCAUGAAUUCUGCUAAUAACAAAGAAGUGGAUAUCUUACGGAUGCUUACCAAGGCCAAAGAUGAGUAUACCAAGUGUAAGACCUGCUCAGAGCCAAAACAAAUUACCAGUUCCUCUGCAAUCUGUAACAACCCCAACCUAAUCAAACCAAUUCCAGUGAAGCCUAGUGAAAAUCAGCAUCAACGAAUAUCUCAGCAAAGCAAGAAUGUGGAUGCUGAACCACAGCACUUGUCUUUGACAGCACUGUUUGGAAAACGAGGAAAGCCAGAUGUCUCGGAACCAGUUAAUAAACAGCAUCAAGAGAAUCUUCCUGUCAGGCAGGGUGUGGUACGUUCACUGUCCUAUGAAGAACCUAGCAGGCAUUCGCCUUCUGCAGAGAAACAGCUUUGCCCCGCCAUUCAGAAGCUUAUGGUGCGUGGGACAGACCUUCAUCCGCUUGCUGAGUUUCCUGAGAACAGACUCUGUGAAAAUGGCAAUAUCCACCCUGUGAGUGAGACUUUCACAGGACUCUUCCAACCUGUGACUUCUCAUGGCAUUGCAACAUCUCAUGUAGUUCAGGAUACUGCUGGCACUCAGAGCUUGUUACAGAAAUUACAAGGUCAGUCAGGGUCAGGGACUAAAAUGGACCCCAGUGCAACAGGAACUCUAAAACCUCCUGCUGCUGUUGGAGCACCAGCAGCACCGGCGAACAGUAUGAGCCAGCCACCUUUGGUGUAUUUCAAUGGUUCCCUGCCAGGCCAGACCUUAGAGUCUCAGACACUUGGUAAAGAACAAUCCAAACUUCCUAGACAGCCAGUUCCUCUCUCUGGCAAUCAAGCAGCCAAUUCUGGGGUGAUUUCACCUCAAGAGUUAUUGAAAAAGCUCCAGAUAGUGCAACAAGAACAACAGUUGCAUGUAUCCAGCAGACCAACCUUGGCAGCGAAGUUUCCUGUUGUUGCUCAGAAUACCAAUACACUGAAACCACUGGAUUCCUGGAUAGAAAAGGCACCGGGUACAGAAAAACAGAGCUCUCUCUUUCAGGUAAUCUCACCUCAACGCCUUCCUGCCACUGUGACUCCUACCUUGUUGAUGUCCCCAAUGGUGUUCACUCAGUCCACACCUGCUCCAGCAAAAGCAAAUGAAAGUGGGCGGUUAACAGCAGCAAACCAAGAACCUGCUGCUAGCUCAGCUAGCCUUCUCCUGCCACUGCAAACCCCAGAGCCAUCUGUGGUCAACAGCAGCUCAAUGACGAAGAUGCAGCUGCAGGAAACACUUCUACACCUGAUCCAGAAUGACGACAACUUCUUAAAUAUCAUUUAUGAAGCAUACCUCUUCAGUGUGAGAAAGGCGGCAAUGAAAAAGUCUAUGUGA